AUGUUUAAAUUACCAUUUUAUAGUUUUAACAAAAAUUCAUUGUUGGUUCAAUGCUGUAAAGGAGCAUUUGCUUAUUAUAUUCCUCAAAACUUAAUAGUCAUUAGCAUAUUUUUUUAUUACCAAUAUAAUAAAAGCCAACUGGCAAGUGGUAAGAGGGUGCGAAUACAAAACUGUGAUGAGUCAAUAAAUAAUUUUUUAAAAGGAAAAAAGUUAACUAAGGAUAACAUCGAAAUACAAAAAAAACGAAACAUAUAUACCGUAUCCCUGAUAUAA